AUGCCUACCCCGGAAAAGCAUGCGCGAGUUGGUGUUGCCGUCGUCAUCCUCAACAAGGAGAACCAGUUCGUCGCUGGAGUGCGCAAGGGUAGCCAUGGCUCAGGGAAGUGGCAGCUCCCGGGAGGACACAUUGAUUGGAUGGAGCCGAGCAUCUUCGACACUGCCCGGCGCGAGGCCAGGGAAGAAACAGGCCUCGAGAUCAAGCCAAUCAAGAUUUUCGCCAACACAAACGACGUCUUUGCGGAGGAAGAUAAACACUAUGUGACCAUUUUCGUGCUCGCCGUUUUGGAGGAUCCUGAUGCCCAGCCCGCGUUGAAAGAGGAACAGAAAUGCGAGGUAUGGGAGUGGAAGACGUGGAAUGAUCUUAGACAGCUGGAGGACAACGACCUUUUCCUACCCUUGGUAAACCUGUUGGCUCAGAAGUUGGAUUUGGAAGCCAUUUGCAAGGUGGACAACGGCAGCAUGACGGCGGCACAGGAUGGCAUUGAGCAGCCAAACCCCAAACUCGAUCAAACAGGCGCAGGGGCAGUUACCAAGUGA